AUGUGCAUGUACCCACACAAUAAAACCGGAGACAACCAAGAUGGAUUCUAAUUUCACUGCACAUUUGGUCUGCCCCUUUGCGAUCUGUUAAACAGACGCACAAAUAUCUCCACACAGCCUGCUCUGUACUGGAUCCCAGCCUCACCCCGGUGAGGUUUGGCCGUGGCCUCUGUCCGGCAGGGAGGUGCUCAGCGAAGCGGCCUUUUCUUCGCCUGCUUAUUGGUCUGGGGAGAGAUCAAGGCUUCAGCUACAUGAGGCCUGCACCGCCGAUUGACUUUGACUAAUGAUCUCCAUGGGCACGGCCGAAAAUAACCGCUGCUGGCGCAGACCAAGGCUUUCGGGCCAUUAUUGGCACUGCACGGCACUCUGGUAACCAGGGACUCAAUUAGAUCGGUGCCAGGUUUAAAAGCCUCGUAGUUGUCUGACAUUGCAUAUUCACGGUGUUGCCGUGCAUCCGUGUUUGGAAAUGUUUUGUGUUACAGAAAUGUGCACCGGAUUUGCCAAAUUUCACAUGCCUGGAAAAAAAAAACGACCAAUUUCUUGUCGGUGAUGAGAGAUCCGCUGCUGUCUCUCGGAAGUAGGUCAGCAGAGAGCGAGCCGGUUAUGAAAAUGGACUUGUCACCUGUAGGUUGUCAGUUUGUGGACCCAGAGCGGCUCUCCCAUCAGACCCUUGAGAAGGGUGCCUAACCUGAAUCAGGUCCAGCAAAACGAUGAACCUGUGCUCCAAGUGUUUUGCAGACAUCCAGAAAAAGCAGCCGGACGAGGACUGCACCCCAGAGCCCGCCCCUGGGACUGGCGGCAGCCAAUCAGCAGUGUUCUGUAGCGAGACGAGCAGCAGCAGUAGCCAAUCCCUGACGUCGGUGCCCUCCAGCUCUGAGGAGCCGUCGCCUGAAGCCUUGGGCCUGGCGCCCCCUCCUGCUCAGGAGGGGAUCUCCAGUACAGACACAGCCUGCGGCACGCUAUCCACGCCCACGAAACGGACCUUUGACUCUGCCUCGGGGUCGGAGAGCGAGGCAUCGCCGCAGAAGCGGACACGGCCCGACGACGAGGAACCGCGAGCCGAACCCAAGCAGAAGAGCCGGCGGCGCUGCCACCGCUGUCAGAGCAAGCUGGAGCUCGUGCAGCAGGAGUUGGGCUCCUGUCGCUGCGGUCACGUGUUCUGCAUGCUGCACCGUCUGCCUGAGCAGCAUGACUGCCUGUUCGACCACCUGGGCCGUGGUCGGCAGGAGGCCGUGCUCAAGAUGGUCAAGUUGGACCGCAAGGUGGGCCGGUCGUGUCAGCGCAUCGGAGAGGAGUGUUCCUGAACGGCGACAGUCUUUUCCCCCACCCCACCCCCCACGCUUUCCCCAAGCCCCACCCCCUUCCACAGACAGACAGAUGACAUCGUGGGGGCCUUUCCCCCUCCACCUCAGACUGUCCCCCACUGCACAUCGCAUCUCCCGCCAGGCACUGCUUUGACGUGGUACAGCGGCCUGCGCCCCUCCCCUGACCUUUGACCUCUGCCCACUCAGCCCUCGCCUGUCAGCCUUAACUUCUCCCCAUUUUUUCAGUAUGAGGUCAGGGGUGGGGUUGAGGCUGGCUGCCCUGAGCUUGUGGGAAGGUGGCUGGGGAGUGGACUGCUAGUCCUCGCCUCCUCCAAUCCCCACCCCUCUUCCCAGGCUUAGCCCCGCCCCCCUGCAUGUCACAUAGGCCACCUCAGGUCCCUGACUAGCAGUCUUACCCAGUCUGGUCAUGCAGGGUCACCUGGACGAUCGCCUGCUUGUCUCAGGUCUGGAUUGGACCUGGAGAGCAGCCUCUUGCUGGCUCGUGGAGUCCACCUGUCCUCUUGGUGCUUCAUGCUUCCGUUGGGGGUGGGGGGGGGGGCGGUCUUGUCAAUCUGCAGUUCAGACUGUAGCCUGCAGCACUCUAAGGCUACGGGUGGACUGAGACUGAUCGGCACAAGUGUGGGUGUGUGUGCAUGUGUGUGUGAGAGACUGGGGGGUGGAGGGGGGUGCUAUCCCAGAAGCUGGGUGUGGCUGGGAGGCCUGGGGCUGUCUGGGUUCUGGCUCAGAAGGACUGGUCCUGGACCAUCCUCCAGUAUGUGGCCGUUAGCGUGGGUGAAGCUCUGCACCCCAGUGAUGCCAAGGCCAUGCCCCCAGGCUGGCCUCUUUGGCUCGAACCCGGUGCCGUUGGCAAGCGGCUGAGAGGGUGUCAGACUGCGGAGACCACACACACAGUCAUGGUCUUCCAGUCUCCCUCAUCACCCUCAUAACACUUUAUUUGUUCUCAGUGAUGGCUGCCAUACCCCCCCCCCUCCCUGCCUUAAUUUCCUCAGUGGCACCCCCUUCCUCUGUCAGGUGUCCUGCACCCUCAUCUUCACUCUCGCACCUCUCUGCUGUUCCGAUUCCUGCACGCCCUCUUGCCCGCCUCCUCUUUGCAGACCGGGGGUAGUAGAGGGUGUGACGAUAAGGGGAGGGGCCUGUGGAGGGGGGGCUGUGUUGGGGGGGAGGGGUGUCCACGAGUGCUCGAGUUUUCAGGUGCUUUUAAUUUGAAAGCUGUUUUCUGUUCAGAUCCGAAUUUAAAAAUGCAGGAGCAGGACGAGUGUGAGCUCCCAUCCAGAGAGAACUGCUACAUGUAUCCUUAUUGUUUCAGAUUUACUUACAGUAGAAUAGAGCCGCAUUUUUAGUUUAACAUUGUAAAGAAAAAAACACAAAAGACAAAAAAGACUAUUCUGUAUCUAUUAUUUUGUUCCUUUUCUUUCUUUCUUUCCUCCCCCUUUUUGCUGAACGAGAAUAAACUGGAUUAGAGGAA